AUGUCGGCCUCAGGUGGCAGUGGCAGCUACGGCGCUCGUCCGUCGCGUCCAUCUCGCAUCGAUCUAGGCUACAACGACGACGACGACGUCGAGCUCGACUAUUCCGAGCAUCCCGGUCCCAGCAACCCUUCCCACCGCGCGGCACCUCUCCACCACCUUCCCUCCUCAUCUCGUCUCGACAACCACCACCAUCGUAGAUCGCCCUCACCACAACCAGACGCCGACGUGCUCGCCUACAUCCGCGCUCAAAGACACAACGACCACCUCUCCACAUCAGCCCACCAACUCGAGCUCGCAGAACAGCUCAAGAAGGAGAAAUUCCAACACGGUGCUGGCAAGACCAAGUCUCGCGUGCAAAAGGAACGCGAGGCGGAAGAGAGGAAGAAGAAGCAGGCCGAGCAGGAUGCCAAGACCGCCUACGACGAGUUUGUCGCUGCGAUGGGUGGGGACCAAGAUGAGCGGGAAGCGGGGGGAGAGCAACGGAAGAGGAAAGCGGUGGGGUUCGUUGGUGCUGGAGGGAAGAAGUAUGUUGGAUCGAGGGGUGAGGCAAGUGAAGCGGAAGUGGUAAAGGUUUCGCCGAUGAAGCGAGAUUCCGUCUUUGCGGAGGAGCCGGAUGAAAGCCCGUCCCAACCACCAGCGAGAAAACCUCGUCCCAUGUCGAGCUUCCUCACCGAACUUCAACUCGAACAGGCCCAACGAGAAUCGCGUCUUUCCACCUUAGCUUCUACCACCAACACCUCCAUAUCCUCCCUCCUAGCUCAAGAAUCCACCACCACCACCACCAAAUUCCCCUCCCAAAAUCCUUCCGCUUCUGCCGAUCCACUCACCACCAACAUUUGCAUUCCCUCCCUCCCUCCCAACAUCGACGAGAGAAGCAUGGGCGAAUUCUUUUCGCAGUGGGGCGACGUAGCUACCGUCAAGAUCAUGUGGCCUCGAGGCGAUCAGCAGAGGGAGAGGCCGGGUGGGUUGACAGGAUUCGUAGCGUACAUGACGAGGGAUCAUGCCGAGAGGGCGUUUAGGGAGGUGGAUGGGGUGACGUGGGGUGGAGUGAGGGUCAAAUGCAGUUGGGGGAAAGCGAUGAGUCUGCCCAAGCGAGCGUUGUAUCCGCAGCGAAAGAAGGUGGAGAAAGAGGAGGAAAAGAUCGGUUCGGUUGGCGGUGGUGGUGUCAAGAAACUUGUCAUACGACAUCGUAGGAACGGCAAGGGGAGGGAAGAAAGGAGGAAAGAGAUAAGAGAUCGGCUGGGUGGAGAGUGUGAGGAGACGCAAAGGUUGUUUGUCGAGACGGUGGCAUCGAGGAUCCGAGCGAACGGGGUAAAUUUUGAAAAUGUGUUGAGGGAGAGGGAGGCGGAUAAUCCGAGGUUUGCGUUUCUGUUCGAACCGGAUUCGUUGCUUCACCAGUACUUUCGUAUCUGCCUGGACGAGUACUAUGUACCUUCGGCCGUCAACGAGGACUUGCAGCAAAAACCGUUCGACGACGACGGGAGCGACGAACUCUACUCGACCGAUUCCGGCGAAGAAUCCGAAACCCGACGUUUCACCUCCCGCUCCUCCUCCUCCUCAACCACUCCACUCGCUCCCCUAGCCCACCACCGCCUCUGCUCCAUGCUACGCUCUCUAACCCCGCGCAGAGAACGCAUCGCCCGAAUCACAUCCUUCGCCCUCGACCACUCCUCCUCCUACCCCUCCAUCGUCGACAUCCUCACCUCCUCGCUCCUCCAACCUUCCAUCCCGAUCCCCCGAAAACUCGCCCGCCUCUACUGCAUCAGCGAUCUCCUCCACAACUCCGGAACCCCGAUCUCCAACGCGUGGAGGUACAGAGCUGCGGUGGAGGAAAAGCUGCCGUUGGUGUUCGCGCACCUGGGCAUGGUGGCGAGGACGUUCGAGGGGAGGAUGAGGAGGGAGGAGUUUAAGCGGAAAGUGAGGGAGGUGCUGGAUGUGUGGGAGGGCUGGAUCGUGGUUGCCCCGGAUGUGUUAGAGAGGUGCAGGAGGGUGUUUGAGUGUCCGCCGGUGGCAAGCCAGCUACAAGGAGGUAGGGCGGCGGACAAAGCGAUCGUGGAAGAGCGGGAGGAUGUGGAUAGUAAAGCCUUUAGCGAGAAUAAUUCGCCUGCGGUCAAGCACGAUGAAUCGACAAGCAUCGACGAGGAAGAAGAUCUGGAUGGCGAAGCACUCUGA